AUGGCCGCGGCAGCCAUUUCCCUCUGCGGCUCGCGCUGCGUCGGCCCGAGCCGGACGCCCGAAUCUCGCCUCGCCUCGCAAGCCGCCGCCGCGCCGUGCGCGCGGCCGUCGUCGUCGCGCCGAAGGCUGGUGGUCGCGGCCGCCAAGUCGUCGGGGAAGAAGGCGGACGAGAAGGUCCCCUCCUGGGCCCGGCCGGGCUCCGACGAGCCUCCUCCGUGGGCGCGCGACGAAGGCGGGGCCUCGGGGCAGGAAGGCGACGCCGUCCAGGUCCCGUUCUACGCGUACCUGCUCGCGUCCGCAGUGACGGCCAUCGCCGCCAUCGGGUCGAUAUUCGAGUACACGAACGGGCGAGCGGUGUUCGGCGUGGUGGGCACCGACAGCCCCCUCUACGCGCCCAUCCUGGGCUUCUUCGCCGUCACCGGCAUCCCGACCUCCGGGUAUCUGUGGUACAAGGCCGUGCAGACGGCGAACAAGGACGCCGAGGAGCAGGACCGCAGGGACGGCUUCCUCUGA